AUGGGACCUAAAAAGGCACCUGAAACUUCAAUAGUUGGGGAAUAUGAUGUAGAGCUUAUGAAUUCCGAUGAACUAAAGAUGUAUAUAGCAGCCUUAGAGGAAGAACUUAAAAGAAUGUGGAGUGCAUGUAAUGUGCACCAAAACGACAACAGAGAAUAUCGGGGUUUCUUAAAGCUGAGCCAAGAACAUGCAACAGGAAUAACAGAGGAAAUAUUUCAAGCUAAUGUAAAAAUUCAAGAAUCAUUGAAUGAAAUAAAUGAGGAACUGAAAUCUGAAGAUAAACUCCAUGCAAUUAUUAAAAUAGAAAGCAAUGAAAAUGAUGACAGAGAAGCUCUAGAAUCAUUUGUUAUGGUUAAAACUGAAGAGGCUGAAAAUUUUAAGAAAGAAGGAGCUUUAAGAACGGCAAUAGAGGAAAAAGACAGACAGAUAAAUGACGUGCAGCUUUCUUGGUUGUUUACUUUAAUAGAUCUAAAAGAAAAGAAAGAAGAAAGUUCUUCUAUAUUUUGUAGAGAUUUAAAAAAUGCAUUUGAUGAUUUUGUGCAGCAAUAUUUGGUAGAAUUCCAACAAAAGAAGUUUGAUUUUCACGAGAAAAAGAUGGCGAAAUUAACAUCAAUUUUAGAAGGAGAUUAUGGAAUACAGUUUCUAAAAAAUAAUGCUGCCUCUGAUAUAGAGAAAAUGGAAUAUUACUUCAGAGAUAUUUUUUGGAAAAAUAUCCGUAUUUUCGAUGAACUAAAUGAAGAAAAAUCUUAUUUAAAGAAAGAAUAUGAAAAGCUAAGGUCUUCUCUUAAUGCUGCUAAGCAGAAAAAUAGAAAAGUACAGUUAGUUAAAGGUAAAAAAGCUGAGAUAAAAUCAAAUAUUGAUGUUGAUGAAGAUGCUUUACCAUUUAAUUUAAAACUUGAGCAACUUAUGUAUGAACAUGAUUGCCUAGAGGAAAAACUAAGAAGAGAAACCAAUGAAUUUAAUUUGUUAAAAGAACGUUUUAUAAAAGCUCUGAGAGACAUACGAUUCAAAGCAAAUUUUAGAACUUAUCUAGCAGAGCAAAAGCUUAUUUCCUUUCUCAAGAUCCGGCCACUUAUGCUUUCAGCAUCUGCCAUUGAUCCAAGUACUACUACCGAUCUAAGAAAAGAUCAAAAGAAAAUAAUAUUUAACAAUACAACAAAUGAAGAAGAAGCAGAAAAAGUAGAAGAAGAGAAAUCAGAAAAUAAUUAA